CGCUUACUGAGAUCCGAGGGAAAAACCGGAGGACCCAGAAGAAAAUCCACGCGACCACGGGGAGAGAGACACGCAAACUAGAAAUAUACAUCCUUAAUUCAGAAUUGGUCUGAUGGAGCAAAGGCACUCAGCGCUGCUCGGUACAAAAAUGAAACAAUGCGACCAUUAUGCAAACAGCACGGAUCGUACUGGAAAUUUGACACAGCACCAGAGAACACAAACAGGAGAGAAACCCUUCAAGUGCACUGUAUGUGAGAAGGCAUUUGCAUGGUCAUCAUAUCUUAAAAAACACCAGAGAACGCACACAGGAGAGAAACCCUUCAAGUGCAGUGUGUGCGGGGAUGCAUUUGCACAGUCAUCAGAUCUUCAGAACCACCAGAGAACACACACGGGAGAGAAACCCUUCAGGUGCCCUCUGUGCGGGAAGGCAUUUGCACAGUCAUCAGAUCUUCAGAGCCACCAGAGAACACACACGGGAGAGAAACCCUUCAAGUGCAGUGUGUGUGAAAAGGCAUUUGCACAGUCAUCAUAUCUUAAAAAACACCAGAGAACACACACGGGAGAGACACCCUUCAAGUGCAGUGUGUGUGAAAAGGCAUUUGCACAUUCAGCAAAUCUUAAAAAACACCAGAGAACACACACAGGAGAGAAACCUUUCAAGUGCACUGUGUGUGAGAAGGCAUUUGCACAGUCAUCACAUCUUAAAAAACACCAGAGAACGCACACAGGAGACAAACCCUUCAAGUGCAGUGUGUGCGGGAAGGCAUUUUCAAGUGCAUUUUAUCUUAAAAUACACCAGAGAACACACACAGGAGAGAAACCUUUCAAGUGUACUGUGUGCGGGAAGGCCUUUGCACGGUCAUCACUUCUUCAAAAGCACCAGAGAAAACAUACGGGAGAGACACCCUUCAAGUGCAGUGUGUGUGAAAAGGCAUUUGCACAGUCAGCAAAUCUUAAAAAACACCAGAGAACACACACAGGAGAGAAACCUUUCAAGUGCACUGUGUGUGAGAAGGCAUUUGCACAGUCAUCAAAUCUUAAAAAACACCAGAGAACGCACACAGGAGACAAACCCUUCAAGUGCAGUGUGUGCGGGAAGGCAUUUUCAAGUGCAUUUUAUCUUAAAAUACACCAGAGAACGCACACAGGAGAGAAACCUUUCAAGUGUACUGUGUGCGGGAAGGCCUUUGCACGGUCAUCACUUCUUCAAAAGCACCAGAGAAAACAUACAGGAGAGAAACCCUUCAAGUGCACUGUGUUGUGUGGGAAGGCAUUUGCACAGUCACCAUAUCUUCAUAGACACCAGAGAACACACAGGCAUCAGAAGAUCCCCAAGGAGUGUAGUCUGAAAUCGACUUGUGGAAGUCAAAGUGCUGUAAUGAGCUUAUCCCUCCUGAAAAAAGAGCCAGAAGUAAAUUCCAGCUUGGACACUACGAAAUGUAUAAAAGUGAAAUGUGAAGAGGUGAAAGUGAAAUUUGAAGAGGCGACAGUGAAGAGCAAUGAAGUGAAGGUAAAAUGUGAAGAUGAAGAUUCAACUACAAAAUCGAACCUUCACAUCGGUGGAGGAAACGUGAAGCAGGAGGACAAUUCUGACUAUGAGGCAGAGCGAGGCAACUCCCAGAAGUUUGUUGAAGUGGAGGUGUGGGUGGACUUCUUAAACAAUACAAAGUCAAAUAGAGACCCGGUAGAUGUGUAGGCUUGAGAUGGUGAAGCUCCAUUAUUAAAGGCCUGUGACACAGGUCUUGUAUCUAUACCCUUUUUUUUUUAUUAAUAUUAAGAAUAAUUCUGCCAAUACUAUAUUUCUUUUUAACAGCCACCGGUGGCAACUUGGGAGCAAACAAAGACGAGCGAAAAACCCGUUUCCCAACUCCACAGCAGAUGCGUGCACACCUCGCUUCAAAGGCCAGAAAGCAUGAAAGAGACAGCCAUCAAAUGUCAUAAAACCUCCCCGACUUUCACACGAGAGGAAAAGGGGUCGCAAGAGGGUGUUAGAAUAACACCCACACUUCCAAAAGCCCCCCUCACAAUACAAGAACAGGCGCCACGAGGAAUAUAUAAUUAUAUUCUUUACGGCUAAAAAAAUAUAUAGAAUUAGGCCGUAAGGUGAACAAGGAAAAAGUGGCUAGAAAAUAAUUUUCGUUCCCACACCUGGGAACUACUUUUAAAAUGAAUUACAAUUCUACCACAGAUUCUUUACAGCUCAAAAUCACCUUAAAUUAUAACACAGCGCAUAUUUACUCAUCGGUAUCAUCCCUAUCACUAUCAGAGCCAUCAUCCCAUGUAGGUCUUCUGUUUCCUGUGAAACAUUUGCACAAUUUUGGCACUGACAUAAAUCAGUACAAGACAGUCUUGCAGACAUACAGUCUCACAUUUGCUAUGCUUGCAACUGCAGUGGACUGCCUGCAACACACUUUCAGGGGCAGGAUUUCUAGUCAUCCAGGUAACUGUUAACUCACCAUCCUCGAGGUGCCAUCCAUUGCCGACGGGUGAAGGGGCACACAUUAUACCUUUCAGAGAAUGUCUCAUUAUGGCUGCUUGGUAGUUUGCCCUUUUGCAGUGUUGGUACAGGGCGUCACUUGUAAGGGGCAUGGAUAGUUCUGGAAAAGCUGACGAUGCCAUACAGAAUGCUUUGUAUCUUGCAUCGUUCACAUUUUCGGCAGAUGACUGGCCAUACAGGUGGCACACAUGUGUGUAAAGUAGCUCAAAGGUAGACUGGUCUAGGUUAAAACUGCUACCCAGAUUUGUAAAAGCAGUCAUAUAUUCCUCUUUCUCACAAGCAACAGAAAAUGGCUUUCUUUGGCCUUUGCCAUAAAAGGCACUUGUAGAGUCACAACCUGAGAAGGUAUGGAUCCCAAUAAGUGCCAAACAGACACUUGUGCCAAGAGCUGACGACACCUUAGCUGAGUCAAUGAGCCUUGUUUUGUUGCCAACCCCCGUGAAAAAAUACAACCUACAUGGUAAAUCUGGCUGCAGACUUAAAGCAAUCACUGCCACAUCAGUAUCAGGGCUCUUGAUGACUACAGUUUGCUGUUCCUGUGCAGCAUGUGCAUGUAAAAACACCCUGGUGUCACAUUCCUCAUGAUCACAUGUCAGAUCUUCAACAGCACUGAGAGUAUGUAAAUCCUCCGGUACAGUCACGCAGUGACACAGGUCUCCGUGUGCUAUGUACAAGCUUAAGUCCUUUCCCACAGUGGUAAGAUCAGCCUCUCGCCACACAACACAGAGGGAUUCUGCCAGUGCUUCUUUGUUUGUUCCAUCUGAUAUACACUUUUUCCAUUGUGUUGAUGCCUUAUGAUCCCGUCCAUAAAUUUUCACCAGUUGUGUACCACCACCAGCUCUACGUGACCGUUCUAGGUUUUUAAUACUAAUUUUUGGGAUACUGGUCAAUCACAAAGUCUAUCCGUGUACAGUUUGUUUCAGAGAAAGUUUUACUAUGUACUGCAGUAUGGUCUCUGCAAGCUCUCCAAAGGUACUUGGUAUUGACCGAAUGGCUUGAAUGACUGCCAUGCCAUCAAAGAAAAUAGCUCUACUGAUCACUCCAUUGAUGGAUCCUGGGGCAACAACUUUGGACUCAAUGAGUAUGUCUUGCAGUCCUGCAUCUCCAAACCUUUUUCCUAGAAUGCUCAGGUAGGACAUGCAUGUGUGAAAUUCACCUAGUCUAAUCACUUUACGCUGAGUAAAGUCAUCUUUCCAGCAGAUUUGCUGAGCUUUGGCAUAUAUAGCUUUGUCAAAAACUAACACUAUAUGGUCCAGUUCUAGCUGAUUAUGAAUUUGGACACUUCGCUUCAGAAUUGUGUUUACUGUUGACAUCUGUCGGUGAAGCCUCAAUGACUGGAAGAUAAUACAGUGCUGACUUUUGCAGAGUGCCAUCACCUUGAAUUAAUGUAUGUAAACCUGUCCAGCUUGGUAUUGUGCAUCUUCAGCAUCUAUGGACUUUACAAAAACAUAUGCCAGUUCAGUUUGUACAGCAGACACCGUGUUCAAUUUGUAUGUGUCCGCCUGUAAUGGAACACUUUCCUGAUGAAACAAGUUAUGUGGUCCUUGUCUAUUAGACUGAUGGUACUGUUCGACAGGGAUGCUAGGGGGUACUUUCAAUGAGGUUUUUCCCUUCUGUAGUGGUUGUCUGUUUGUUGUUGACACAGGUUCAACUACAGAACUUUUCAGCAUAAUCCCAUUUGUGUGGUGGGUAGUUCUACGACCUGACAGUGUCUCCUCCCCAAAGUCAAUAUUGUCCCACACAAGUACUGUAGGAACCUUCUUUGAGAAUCCCUUUGGUAUUUUGUCUCUGCCCUCUAUUAGUUGAAGUUGGGCAAGGCUAGUGUCUAGACUGACAACUGUGUCCCAUGCUGCACAAUGUCCUAGUCUAUUUAGAAGUGACACAAUUUGUGAUGAACCUGUUAAAUGGCGAACCGUUAGACCAAGACAAUGAUUUAGGGGUCUGCCUCCAACCCUUAGAUGCAAGAUACACAAUGUCUUGACAGAUACAUAUCACUUUUAGGUUAAAAUCAUCUGGAAUAUCAACAUAAUGGGCCAGUGUUGGUUCCUCAGUUGCACCAAUAAUCCAGGAAAUCAGAUUGUACAGUUCAAUUGGAACGACAGAUUUUGCCUCGCUCACAUUUAGAUCAUCUGAUGUGGGUGGCCACGGGCAUUUCAUACCGGGAGAAUCGCACAGAAGCAUCUUUAAUAUUAAUGCCGCACUGUAAAGUGUCCUCGUGUCCUCUGAAAUAUUGUUGGAGGCCAUUGAACUUGGUCUAGCCCUGUUUUCACAGUCACUUUCGCUAGUUACCUCAGUUGACUGUUGUUUCUGUACCUGAUGGAUGUCUCAACGAAAACCAUCUCACUUAUGUUGCGCUUCUUGGGGUAGUGAAACACCAGCUGGGGGAAAUCACGGGCCAACCUACUUUUGAAAUGUGAAAAUGUGAGGGAAUUAUUAAUUAAUAUUUAUUAAUAUAAAAUAUUGCUGACUCACUUCUUCUGAGGUCACAGUAACUGAUGCACUAGACUUUGUCAAGAACCUGGUGUACGGUCUAUAACAGGCCUUGUGGUAUCGCACCUCCAGAGACACACAGUCUUUCUCUCGAAUAUGCACAAGAAUGCUAGUGUCUUCCUUCAUCUCAGCAGCUUUCAGCAAAUUGCCUGUAAAUAAAUAAAUACUAAUUAAACUAAUAAAAAACUGUGUUAAGAGUUAAACAAUAUUGAGUGUUCUGGCUGUAGCUGUAUGCAAAACAAUGCAAAUCUGUCUCUGACUAAAAUAAACAUUACAUAAAUUAUGUAAUUGUAAUUGAAAGUUAGCCAUGGUACCCAGUAUAAGGGAAUAAAAGUUCAAACGUG